GGAGGGGCCGCGGGGUGGGCGGUGCCGUCGGGGCACAGCUGCCCGACAUGGCGCCGGCGGAGGGGCGCUGGGCGUGCGGCCUGUGGCGCGCCUGCCACUGGCUCAUGGGCGCCUUCUUCGCGCUGGCGGCCUUGGUGCAGUUAGGUGUGGCUGUGCGUUCAAACCAGGUGCUGGGUUCAGCCAGAAGCCCCUUCCCCGUCACCAUCAGCAAGACUGUGUGUCUUCCUCCUGUGUGUGUCCUCGGCGCCUAUUGCAGCGUUCAGCACAUGAAAGGAAUACAGCACAGACCAGAUGCUGGCACGCAACAUGACAGCACGUCGCUAAUGCUGACGUUUUGGCAUUCCAGGUCAACGACCCAGAUGCAGAAGUGUGGAUGGUUGUGUAUACGAUUCCAGCCGGUCUGACCCUGCUUGUUGGACUUAACCCUCUUGUCACAGGUAACUUUAUUUGGAAGAGUGUCUCCGCAAUACACAUAUUCCUUUGUAUCAUGUGGGCUGUCGGCUUGGCAUACAACCUCUUGCUUCAUACAAAACAGAACAUCUUACAUGAGGAAGAAGGCAGGGAGCUGCUGGGUCUGGUGAUCAUUGCCGCGUGGCUGAGCUUGUGCCGCGGCUCAUCAAAGAAUCCAGUUGCUGGAAGAAUUCAGUUGGCUACCGCUAUCAUAGUUGCUCUUUUCCCAUUUAUCUCAUGGGUCUACAUAUACAUACACAAGGAGAUGCGGUCCUCCUGGCCAACUCACUGCAAGACAGUAAUUUAAAUGAAGGAUCCUGUUCUUAAAAUGAGAGUUUUCAAUUUUUUAUAAACAUGGUUGUAACAAGCCACUUUCCCAGGAAUUUAUUCCAGGUAAUUUGAGUUAAUACUAGAGAUAAUUUUUUUUUUUAAAUCCUAAGAACUUUGUAAGGCUGUCUACAACAAAGGACUGGAUGGGACUAGUCAGAGAAGGGGUCUGACAUUCUAUUGUGUUAUAGUGUAGUAGAAAAGGCAGAAAAAAGUUAAGAAAUAUGAAUUCUGACUCGGCUUCAUCACUACCCAUGUGACUUGGGCAAAUGUAUAAAGCGCCUGUGGAUAAUUCUUUACCUAUAAAAUGGGAUUAAUACCAGACCUCCUACUUAUUUAUAGAGUUGCAAGGGUUGAACUAAAUAUGACAGCAUUCACAAUAUAAAGUGCCGACAAAGGGCUGCACAUGAUAACAUAGAGGGAAGCAGGGUUUGGGGAGUGAUAGAAACAGGAGUUCAAGGGAGGGCUGUACUCCUGAACUAACCUCAGUGUACUGAACUGGUCCAGUGCUGUGAAUUAAAUGAGGACUCCAGAAGAACCAAGUGAACAAGCAUGUCUUGGAAAGAAAGCAAAAUUAGCUAGAAUAAAGGAAUUUGGGUCCAAAAAGGAGAUAGGGAAUAUUAAUUACAUUGUAAAUGAAAAAAUAAGACCAAAAUCUAUGCACGUUUUUUAAUGAAUGUCAAGAGCAGCCCUGGAAAGGAGGCCGCUUCAGAGUGUGCAGGCUGCUGGCCACUGGCUGCGUGCUAUACUGAGCACUUGAAAUGUACUUACUGAAGAAGUUUUAAUUUUUUUCAUUUUAAUUUAAAAACAUCAAUUCAGUUAUGAGAAAACUUAUGUGUUUGGAACACGUUUUAAGUAUGUCUGGAACAACCUGGAUAUGUGAAUCUACUUCUUCAAACUGCAAAUUUUAUAUCUAAAUACAGAUGAAUAUUUCCAAUGAAAAUUUAAUGUCCAAAUGGAUGGAUUAUAAGUAUAAAAUACUAGAUUUUACAGACUUAGUAUAAAAACAAUGUAAAAUAUUUUUAUAUUGAUUACAUGUUAAAAUAGUAUGUUAGAUGUAUGGGAUAAAUAAAGUAUAUUAUUAAAAUUAA